AUGCUCCUUCGCGGGGAAGAGAUAAACAUAGUCAUGGCUCCCAGCACUCAGAAUCCCAAUGGCGGUUUCGCUCUGAUAUACCAAAACCCUUACCUGCUCGGCGUUGCAUCGUUCUCCACUCUGGGUGGGCUGCUCUUUGGUUAUGAUCAGGGCGUGGUCUCUGGUGUGAUAACUAUGCAAUCAUUCGGCGCUCGGUUUCCUCGAGUGUACAUGGACAGCAGCUUCAAGGGGUGGUUUGUGUCGACUCUGUUAAUUUCUGCGUGGUUUGGAUCCCUCAUCAACGGCCCUAUCGUGGACCGACUAGGCCGCAAACUAUCCAUCAACCUCGCUGUCGUUGUAUUCGUCAUUGGGUCAGCCAUUCAGUGCGGUGCCGUCAAUAUACCAAUGCUCUUUGCUGGACGUGCAAUUGCAGGCGUAGCCGUUGGCCAACUAACCAUGGUAGUACCUCUGUAUAUCUCCGAGGUCUCCAUCCCCGAAAUACGCGGCGGUCUCGUCGUUCUCCAACAACUCUCCGUCACCAUCGGCAUCCUAAUAAGCUACUGGAUCGACUACGGCACCAACUAUAUCGGCGGCACCCGCUGCGCCCCCAACAUUCCCUACACAGGCGGCACCGCCUCCUCCCCCUCAUUCGACCCCUACACAGACAUCCCCCAGGACGGCAUCUGCACCGGCCAAUCCGAAGCAUCCUGGCGUCUCCCACUCGCCAUCCAGAUCAUCCCCGCUUUAACACUCGGUCUAGGGAUGCUCUUCUUCCCCGACUCCCCGAGAUGGCUACUAAUGAAAGAACGAGACGACGAAGCUCUCCAGGCAUUAUCCAGACUGCGUCGCCAAUCGACCAGUAACUCAGACCUAACGAAUGAAUACCUCGAGAUCAAAGCAUCCAUUAUGCUGGAGAAUAGCUUCGCUAGAGAACGGUACCCUAAUUUAUCGGGGUUCAGGUUGCAUGCUGCGCAGUAUAUUUCACUCGUAACCACAUGGGCACGAUUCAAGCGUCUAGCAAUCGGAUGCUGUAUCAUGUUCUUUCAGCAGUUUAUGGGCUGUAAUGCCAUAAUUUACUACGCCCCAACAAUCUUCGCUCAGCUGGGCCUCGAUGGAAAUACUAGCUCCCUUCUCGCUACCGGCGUUUAUGGGAUCAUCAACUGCCUUAGCACCCUGCCCGCGCUUUUCCUAAUCGACAAGGUCGGUCGGAGAGUGUUGCUCAUGUCUGGUGCCACGGGGACUUGCAUCUCGCUGGUGAUCGUGGGUGCGAUUAUCGGGGCCUAUGGGUCGGAUCUCAUCCAUCACCGAUCUGCCGGGUGGGCGGGGAUUGCGUUCAUCUAUAUCUAUGAUAUUAACUUCUCGUACUCUUUCGCUCCUAUCGGAUGGGUCCUGCCAUCGGAAAUCUUCAAUCUAUCCAUACGCUCCAAAGCUAUUUCCAUCACAACUUCCGCUACUUGGAUGUGCAACUUCAUCAUCGGCCUCGUCACCCCUGAUAUGCUCGACUCAAUCACCUGGGGUACCUAUAUCUUUUUCGCAGCGUUCUGCCUUCUGGCAUUCGGGUUCACUUUCUUCUUCAUCCCAGAGACCCGUGAAAAGACGCUGGAAGAUAUGGAUCUCAUCUUUGGUGACACGGCUGCCCAUGAAGAGAAACAGCGUAUUGUCGGAAUCGAGGCUCAACUGCGCGGCCUCGAUAGUCACACGGUCGACCCGGAAUUUGUGAAGCCCUUCGCACAGGAGGAAGAGGACGUUGCGUAA